AUGCAUGGUUUUAUCAGUGACGCAACAAGAUCCACCUUGGAGGCGGAAUUCUUGAUGGUGAAGGCCGACCAAGAGGAGUUGCGGAUCAUAUCGGCAACGAGAUGGUUAUUGGAGAAGGCGUACUCGUCGCAGCUCUGCCAGGUCAAGUGCCAGCCCAGCCUCCAGCGUCUCUUAGUGUUAAAGCUGCGGCCCACAAAAUUAUGUGCAAAUUCAGUUAAAGUGGAGGUCGGCAGCGCCAAUGGCCCAGGAGCAGCGGACAUGCAGAGCAAACAUGCCACUGAAGAUCGUUGGCUGCAAACGGUCAUCGCACCUGAGCAAAUGGCUCGAGAAUUGGCUGAAUGGAAAGAGCAGCGGGAUGCAGCGCGUCAGGCGUUGCAUGAGGGUGGUGCGCAGGAAAAGGCCCAACGAGAAGCAGUGCGGGUCAUGAAACGAGUCCAGAAGCUAGAAGAGGCAUCCAGGCAGAAAGAAGAAGGAUUGGCAGGCGUGUAUAAGGGAGCAAAAACUGUCGGCGGCCAUCGUGAAGAUGAGUGGCGUCGGAAGCGACUUCAGGCAACCGGGCAUUCCAAUACGCAGCAACCCAAGCGACACCAAAGGAAAUGUGCAAUUGCAAACCGUCGCCAGCUAAGAAUCUGA